CUCGCCAAACUCUCGAAAAUCAACAGCCCGAGACGCGCCAGACGGGCAUGAGCGGAGGAUCCCGCCGUACACCCGCUAGCGCCCGCCCUGCUGCGGCCAGCCAGAAGUCACCUUUCGCAAACCUUUAGCCGUAGUCUACAACUUCCUCUUUCAGCCUUCACGCCCCGGGCACGCCACACUAUCUCUAAAGAACCCACCUCUUAUCGAAGCACCCUCAUUCCGCCCUCUCCCGCUCGCCCAGCCCACGGGCAUCACCAAGAGCAAGCCACACAGCAAGCAUGUCAUCCGAACUCACAGACUACGUCACCCUCGUGUCGUCCGACGGCUUCUCAUUCGUCGUGCAGCGCUCCUGCGCGUGCAUCAGCGGCGCUAUCAAACGCAUGCUAGAUCCGGCGUACGGCUUUACGGAGUCGAGGACCAACACGUGCCGCUUUGAGAACAUGAGCGGCGCCGUGCUCGAGAAAGUGUGCGAAUACUUCUACUACAAGGAGAAAUACCAAGACGCCAAAGACGCGCCGGACAUGGACUUUCCAUUGGAGCUGGCGCUGGAGUUGCUGAUUGCGGCGGAUUAUCUUGAUGUCUGAGCGGAAUUUCGAAGAAUCGAGGACUCUUUGUGACAUUUGGCAUGGCGUUCAAGCGUGGUGUUUUCGAAUAAGUUGAUAGACAAGUUCUAUGUUCAAGCAAGGAAAAUUUCAUGACAAUGCCAUCCCUAUUCAUCCAAGAUCCGGUCGAGUCGACUGCAGCGCUUGAAGGGUGUCGUUGAGGUGUUGCCAGAAG